UUUUGUCCAUACAAGAGAAGAAAGCUUGGAACAGCAAGAGAGGUCACCGUGAAAGAAAAACCGGGAGGCGAUCGAACGAGAGUCUGGCGAUGAACGGUAGAUAGGAGAUACAUUCAAAAUUCUCCAUAGCAUCAAGUGUGAGCGAGAGAGAGAGAGAGAGAGUUACGAUGAAUGAGAAUUCCAGCGAGGAAGGGAAGAGAACGAUAAUGGAAGAUAAAUCUGAGCACCAGCAAGCCAGAGGAUCUCCGGAGAAGGGAAGAUCCUGCAAAGGCUAUCUCUAUUACUCCUCCGCUCUCAAAUCCAAGUCUCGCAACCCUCGCUGCGUCGGCGUCCCUCGUACUCUUCGUCGUGUUCCUAACUACGUUGUCGGGCAAUCAGAAGCCGAAGCUUCUAAAGAAGGGCGGACCCUUGCAGACUUCUACUAUGGAUGCCUGGGUUAUUCAGUGUAUGUGACUGAGAAAGACUCAACAGCGAUUAAACAACAUGGGAGGACACAACUUCCUGUCUGCGUUGGUCUUGAGAUACUAGCUGAUAGAAGAGUAACUUCUGGGAAAACUUCAUCAGCUCCUGCUCAUGUUCACAAUAGAGACGAAGCUCGAGAAUUUCCUCCACGACAGACCCAUAGACCAACACCCGCAACUGCCGCAGGGGAUGGCUUCCUAACCAGGUUCACAAGGAACGCAAAUCUGGUCGCAUCAGGGGUGGUGAAGAACAUGAAGAGAGUCGGCAACUACGUAAAAGAGAGUGUGGACGACCUCAUGGCCCCAUACCGAAAGAGACCAAAGUGAUUGAAGAAGAAGGUUUUAGAUCAAACACAAAGGGAGACCGCCCGAGUCUUAUUAGGGAAGGCCCUCCACAGCGUCUUCUCGGCUCUUUCAGAUCCUCUCGCGUUUAUCAAAUAAAUGAAAAACAACAAUGUGGAUGUGUAUAAUAUUACCCUCUACUAUGCUCCACAAAACUGAUUAGGAGACUAUUGUGUUCAUUUAAUGUUCUUGAAGAUGGAGUUCUGAGGGGGUAAUAUCAGGGCGCAUACUCCGGACUUGAUGUUGAGUGCAAUUCAAUUUUCGAAACACGGAUGGGCUACUUGAA